CAGUAAUGCCUCCAUCCCUUGUCGAUCAUCGUCUGUUACGCGCCGUAAUCAUCAAUUAUCUUGAUCGCCAUUAUCAAGCCGCCUCUUGCAUUGUAACAGCGUAGACUGCAGGUGUACUGUAUGAAAUCAUACACACAAAACGCUAAGCAGUUCAGCUGGCUUUAUUAAACUCCGGCCGAAGCCCAUGAUGCUUCGCGAUUUAGCCUUGUUUUGGUUUAGGAAGCGAUCAGCGACUAGGCUCGUUAUGGCCUGGCGUUUGUCCUGGCGUCAUGCAUGUCGGAGUAGGCCCCGGGUUUAUCCCUGCGAACUCUUCUCUGCUUCACCUCAACAUUUCUCCUCCACUAGUCCACAUCGUUGGCGUCGAUGGCUCGCCGCCAGCCCAUACGCCGCCACCUCCGUCGCGUGACACUCCGAUGACAGCGGCAUGGAUGAUUGCGCAGUUGUGCUCCGGUCGCAACUAGCCAGGGCCGUGGACGGGGAGCAACCGAGCCCGCCUGAUCUGAGGCAGCUGGCGCGGCGAUCUACAAACCGAACGUCGCCAGACCGCGGACCAAAUGGCGACAGACGACCCCGCCGAUUGCGACGGGCCCUCAACAAAUUCGCAUGCUGCAGGUGCCAGAAGAAGAAAACAAAGUGCGACGGCGAACGGCCAUUAUGCGGUGCAUGCGUGAAGCGCGGCGACCUCGACUGCCAAUAUCCGGUCCGAGAGGGUGCUGUCUCACGCUACGCGGACCUAAAGUUGACGUCUGAGAAACUGAAGCGCGAAAACCGGGAUCUCAACGAGUUGUUUGCCUUUAUCAUCUCCACGCCGGAGACGGAAGCCUUUGAAGUGUAUCGCAGGCUACGAGCUACCCGGGAUCCCAUCGCGACACUCAACUUUCUCAAAGACGCCGACACCUUUCUCCGCAACCCUUCACCGGGUGAGUAUGGCACUGCCGACGCAGAGGUCUGGAGAAUCGAUGCGGUAGCACUCGCAAGAAGCGUCAUCAAGGUUCCCGCUCGACCGUGGACCUCCGUCGCCGGGGAUGGCUUGGUAUCAGACCUCGUAUCAUCCUUCUUCAAGUGGGACGCCCCGUUUAUAUGGUCCCUCAUCGACAGGGACCUUUUCAUCCGGGAUAUGCGACGCGCAAGUCAACUCUCAAGCCAGUUCUGUUCACCAUUCCUUGUAAACUCUCUCUGUGCGAUGCGGUCGAUAUUCUCCGAGAACGUCCGACUUGUCAGCCGCGCAGCUCAAACCAGUCUUGCCUCCCGCUUCUUGACAGAGGCCAAGCACCACCUAGACCUCGAAGCAGGGAAAGUAUGUCUGACAACGGUCCAGGGACUCUGGUUGAUGUACUCGGUGUCGUGUCAUGAUGGGACCAACAGAGCCGGGUCUAUGUACCGCCUCGCGGCUCUCGACAUGCUCUCGAGGCUGAACCCGGAGAAGCUGUUUGCUGAAAUGAGCGACCAAAUACCCGGGGAGGCAGAGAUGCGCCGAGCAUUAGCACGGCUGCAUUGGGGCAUGUUCAAUAUCGAAUGUGUGUUAUCCAACGUCUAUCUUAAGCCGCCGCUGAUACCACCUCCCACGCUCCCCUAUUCUUACGAUGAGCGCGACGUUCCUGGCCCCAAUACAGACGUCUUUGGGCAGCCUUCCGGACCGUAUUCUCCAGAGCCACCCUUUUCACCGGGUGUGCUGCCCUUGAUGAAUCAGGUUUCGGUCCAUCAAUACCGCGUCAUAGAAUACAACACCCUGCCACGACGCACCGCGAGCUGGGAACAGGACAUGCGCGUCAGACGAGACUUCCUUUUGCAACUAGGAACGCUAGAAGGAUCUUUGCCCCCGACUCUCCGCUACCGCGAAAACAUGACGCCGCAGACGGUAUUUCUAAAAAGUUACCUGAACGUUGUAGCCUACAACGUACUCCGCCCAUUGCACGCCAACACAGUCGUCGCAGAGGGCCGCACGGCCAAGGAGAUCACGAUCGACCUCUGCGCCGUCGACACCGACCUCAUCGAAGCCUACGUCCGCCGCUGGGGACUGGCGGACUACUCGUCCUUCCUCGCGACGGGCGUCUACAACAUCACAGGGACCAUACUCCCCUUCCUGGACGAACCUCGCGCGUGCAACAUAUUUGUCCGCGGCUGUGCCUUGCUGCGGCUGCUCCAGCGGAACCUUGGCGUCGCCAGGAGGUUUGCGCAGGGGAUCCUGUCCAUGUUGCGGAGGAUGGGCCAGCGGAUCCCGGACGAGGCGAUCCCCUACUUUGAGGGGCUGGAGGCGGACAUCCGGGAGCUGAAGAGUGUGCCGGUCGACUUUGCCCUGCCGGUGCGGCCUGAGAUGAGCACGGCGUUGGCCGCGGAGGAUGUUGCCGAGGGCAGAACCCUCGGCGCUGAUCUCGCGACCCUGUUGGAAAAAUGGGGCACUGGUGGCUAAAGCGUGCUGGCAAGGUAGGAUUACUGUGCUCUAUAGGUAAUGGUGGGUUUCCUGGCGUGGCACUUGCAUUGAUCUGACGGGAGAAUGGAAGUACGCGGACAUAAUGGGUGGCUGUAAAGGGUCGGUUUGUUUGCCAGGGACAAAGGCUUUGUCGGCGCAUUGUUCCUUUCCGCACAAAGCCGUUUGUUUCCUUGACAAUGAGACUGUCAACUGGAUCUCAUGUUUGCCGAUGGUUCUAUUUUCUAUAUUAACCCUUGAAUCUCAGACCCUUAAGGUACAACGGGCUGUGAUGUACCCCUGGCCUUCAUACAACCAUGAGUGACCACGCAACUAAUCCUUCCGCCUCUACCCACACCGAUAGUGAGCA